UAUUUAGAAGGCUUUGCAGCUUAGAGUAGAGCAAUAACGGGCAGAAGUUACGAACCCUACAUUCUAAAUCGACUGAAAUAUUGAAAUAUGAAUGAAAUAUUACAUCCCUUGGAAAGAGUUUGACUAGCGUUAAUGGCACAGAAAACUGACAGUGCAAUUUUGAAGUGUUUUAUGUAAGUAAGAGUGUAUUAAUCAAUCAUUGCAUACAUAAUGGGUACUGAAUUAGUGCAUGAAUACCUUGAACAAGUAUAAAAUAAUCUACAAGCUUUGAGUACCAUGCAAGUGACAGGAGUGAUAUAAGAAGACGCUUUAUCGGCUUAAGCGAAAUGAAUUUCUUUACUAUCUCGAUUGUUUUGGGACUAUCAGCAUUAUGUCAGGCUGGGUAUACAGAAAAACAAACACAGUCAUUGAAUUUUAUCAUUGGAGAGUGUGCUAAAGAACAGGGCAUAGAAUUGAACAGUGAUUUUACGGAACAGUGGAAAUACACCGGUGAUCUUUUUCCAGAUGAGGAGAAAUCGAAGGUAAACGAAUUCGAGGUAUGGAGGCAUUACGUGAUGGCAAUUCGCCGUUUGUCUUGACCACAAAAUGGGUGUGUUGGGUGCUGAUGGGACGAUUGAAUCUCAAGUCUUGAUUGACUUUCUGGCCGAAGGUCACGACGUUCAGCCAUUAACAGAGCUUGUUCAGCAUUGUGCCGAAAGUGACGGAGAUAGCGCUGAAGAUAGACUAUACGAAUUCUACAAGUGUUUCUGGGCUGAAAUAACCUUUGAAUUGUAACGGACAGAUCCAACUUCAUUCUUGAAAAAUUCAAGAGUAGAUGACUCAAAAAUAAAACCAAACGACAAACAUGAUAUAAAUCACAA